CACCACAACCCCACGACACGACGCGCCCGACGACAAGAUGGAAGAAGACAGAGCAGCCACAAAUCUCGGACCGUCUGCGGAAGAUGGUAUACCCGAAGAGCCAUUCGCCGUGCCAAAACAGCCAAAGAGAAGAUUUGUGGGCAGAAAAUCGACGGCGGAUGCAGGGAGCAAGCCGGCAGAUCCAAACUCCACAAUCGAGGACUCGAGUGCUAUACAAGUUGCUCAACCCCGUCGAACCGCCCGCGCGCUGAAUACGAUUCCCGACGAUAUCCUCCACGAUACAGACAUCAACGAAGCGAUUGCGCUGCUACCGCCGAAUUACAACUUCGAAAUCCACAAAUGCAUACACCGGGUCCGCACCUCGGGCGCAAAGUCCAUAGCUCUCCAAUUCCCAGAAGGUCUGCUCCUCUUCGCAACGACGAUAUCAGAUAUCCUGACGCGGUUCUGUCCGGGGACAUCGACGCUGAUAAUGGGCGAUGUGACAUAUGGAGCAUGCUGUAUAGAUGACUUUACGGCAAGGGCACUGGGCUGCGAUCUUCUCAUACAUUAUGCGCACAGCUGCUUGAUUCCCGUAGCUGUUACGAAGAUUGCGACGCUGUAUAUCUUCGUUUCGAUUGGCAUCGACACACAGCACAUCAUCAACACUAUCACGCAGAACUUCCCGACCGGAAAGACAAUAGCGCUCGUCGGGACGAUCCAAUUCAACGCUACUAUCCAUGGUAUCGUGCCCAUACUCCGACGCGAAGGCUACAACCCCAUCGUCCCGCAAAUCGCUCCUUUAUCCAGAGGCGAAAUCUUGGGAUGUACGUCACCCUCCAUGGCCAUAAAUCCAGGCCAGCUCAACGCAAAAGGAAAAGAAGAACCAGUCCCGGAUCUCCUGUUGUAUCUAGGCGACGGCCGCUUCCACCUCGAAAGCGCCAUGAUCGCCAACCCCUCUCUCCCCGCCUACCGGUACGACCCCUACUCACGCCGCCUCACGCACGAAACCUACGCCCACACCUCGCUCUACUCCCUGCGCCGCGCCGCUAUCCUAACAGCGCGCAAAGCCCGCACAUGGGGCAUUAUCCUCGGCUCCCUCGGCCGCCAAGGGAACCCGCACACGCUCACGCUCAUAGAAAACGAACUCAAGCGGCAGGGCAUAAAGUCUGUGAACCUUCUGCUUUCGGAGAUCUUCCCGGGGAAGCUCGCGAUGAUGAGCGAUGUCGAGGCUUGGGUGCAGAUUGCGUGUCCGAGGUUGAGUAUUGAUUGGGGGUAUGCGUUUCCGAGGCCGCUGUUGAGUCCGUACGAGGCGCUUGUAGCGUUGGGGGUUAGGGAGGCACCGUGGUUAGAUGAGGAGACGGACAACGGGAAAAUAGAAGAGAGGGAGAGGAGGAAUCUAUAUCCGAUGGAUUUCUAUGCUAAGGAGGGAUUAGGGAGGACAACCGUGGAUCAUGUGACGGCUGCUGAGGUAGAAAUCAAGGGAUGAGGACUGGCAAGGGCACUCGCAUAGAAGGGCGUUGGGGGUAUUAAAAGGAAUGAAAGGGCGCAUUAUCAGGCGUUGAGAAAAGUCCUGCCUCUGUGGCCUAUACUAAGAGAAACGUCUUGCACCCAAUGCGCGCAAGUUCGCAUUUGAAGUGAUCGGAGAAGGAUCUCUAUUCAAUCCUUCUGUAAAAGCUAUGUACGUAGUGCAACAUAACCUCCCAAAUCUGCUCCAUG